AUGGUUAAAAAAAUGAGCCCAAAUUGUUUCGAUAUGAUCUCUUCAUCGGCCACUCAAUCAUCAAUAACAAUCUCAUCAUCAGGUUCAUCUGGUCCACUUGUGCCAUCAUCAUUAUCAUCAUCGUCAUCGACAAAUCCACAACAUGCAGGCGGUCAUAUCACAUCAGUGAUCAUCGGUGAUAGCGGUAUCGGUAAAUCGGCUCUAGUUGUUAGUUACACAACCAAUGGCUUUCCAAAACAAUACGUACCUACGGCGUUUGAUAACUACUCAGUUGAUGUUUCUGUCGGCACUCAACCUGUUCAUUUCGACAUUUGCGACACUGGCGGAAAAGAACAAUUCUCUCCUUUACACAGUCUUUGCAUCCCAUACAGUGACAUUAUCUUGCUUUGCUUCAGUGUUGUUAAUCCUCAGUCAUUUCAAAAUGCCAUCACUUAUUGGCUGUCACGUGCGCGUCGUUCCAAUGCAACAAUUCCUAUUAUUCUCGUUGGUACACAAAUGGAUUUACGGUCGGAUUUGAAAACUUUACUUUCACUUGAUCAACAAAAAUUGAAACCGGUGACAGAAAAGGAAGCACGCAUGUGCGCACAGCAAAUUCACGCAUGCACCUACAUUGAAUGUUCGGCAUUGACAGAGAAAAAUCUGAAACAUGUGUUCGAUACAGCUCUUUUAACCGCACUUGAAUUUCGUAAUGCAAAUGCUUUAUUACCACUUCCAUCAACAUCGAUUAUACCCUUGAUUGAACAACAAAAUCAAACAACGAAUAAUAAACAACGAUCGACACGGCAACAUUCACAUGCAGCGAAAACUUGGAGAAGAUUAGUAUCGGGUUGUAUUGGUGUUUGA